AGGACAGCAAGGGUUUCAAGUCCCUCACCAGCAAAUUCGAGCCUUCAAGUUCUCUUACAAAACUUAACUUGGCCGAUUGCCAACUUCAACUGUUUCAUCCAUCUAUCUAGCCAUGGACGCAGUGACAAGAAUGGUUGCAGAGAGACCACUGGUGAUCUUCAGCAGGAGCACCUGUGACAUGUGCCACUCCAUUAAGACACUGAUACUUGGAUUUGGAGCAAAUCCUACAAUCUAUGAGCUUGAUCAAAUUCCGAACGGCCAGCAAAUUGAAAGAGCAUUGCAGCAGCUAGGGUGCCAGAACUUACCAGCAGUAUUCAUAGGGGGCGAGUGUGUGGGUGGUGACAGGCAAGUCAUGAGCUUACUGCUGAAGAACCAGUUAGGCCCAUUGCUAAAGAGGGCUGGUGCCAUAUGGGUCUGGAAUGAUUAGCCAUUUUCUUACCAGCAGGAGCUCUACUGCAAUGUUGAUUGAUGCAAAUGAAUUAAUUAAGGUCGAAUAAUGGUGUCCUUUGUUUCUCCUUCCCCCUGCUGCUGUUUUGAGUAGAAGGCUAUAGAGUCUAGGCUCUUUAUUAACUUGAAACUAGUGAACUUAUUUUAGCUGGCUAGCUAGGCCAGGGAAUGCAGAGUUAACUCCUCUUAUGUUAUAUAAGUUAGUGGUUUUUAACUUUAUAAAUAAAAAGUAGAGUUACCUUUAUUAAUAUUA